AUGAAGAUUCAUACCUCUGAUAAUGCUGCCGACAUGCUUACGAAGCCUAUUACAAAGCUCAAGCUAUCUAAAUGUCUCGAGCUAAUUGGCUUUAAUUUACCUGAAAAAGGCCCAACAAAGGGCUUGGUUCCAACUUUGGCAAGAGAAGUGCCUAGGAAUGCAGUGGUUUUUGGUGUACAUGAAAUGCUAAAACAACACUUUGCUGGGGGUAGGGACACUUCUAAUCUUGGAAGAGAGUCUCUGAUUGUGGCUGGUGGUGUAUCUGGAGCUGCCUUCUGGCUAGCUGUGAAUCCAACUAAUGUGAUAAAGAGUGUGAUUCUAAUGGAUGAUUUCAAGAAACCAAAGUUCUCUGGUGUUAUUGAUGUUUUUAGAAAAAUCAUGGCCUUAGAAGGAGUUAAAGGCCUAUUGGACUGCCAUGGCUCAUAG